AUGCUACAGUAUCUCUGUCUGUCAGAUUUAACAAAGUUUAGCACUGAUGGCUGUGAGACAUUCUGGGGCUAUAAUCAGCCGUACAUCACUUGUUCCUGUGACCAUCUCACAUACUUUGCAGUACUCAUGGUGUCUGCAGACCUCUCCCCCAAAGAUGCUGAGAUCUUGUUCUACAUCACCUACAUCGGCUGUGGUAUCUCUCUGUUUGCUCUGGUCAUCACUGUUGGUCUCUUCAUCACAACCAGAAAACUCAGAGGAGACGAUUCCAAGAAGAUCCACAUCAGCCUGGCAGCUUCUUUGAUCCUCCUCAACGUUCACUUCCUCCCCAGCCAGGCGGCAGCAUCGUCAUCCUCCACUGAGCUUUGUCUCUAUGUGGCUCUUCUUCUUCACUACUCCCUGCUGGCCUCUUUCACCUGGAUGGCCUUGGAGGGCUUCCACCUCUACCUUGUCUUGGUGAAAGUCUUCAACAUCUAUGUGAGGCGAUACCUGCUGAAACUCAGUGUGGUGGGAUGGGGUCUUCCGGCAGUCAUCGUGACAAUAAUGGUGAUCAUACGUAAAGACACCUACGGUCGUGCAUUCCUGGGCUUCUCUAACGCGAAUGAAACUGCAAUAUGCUACAUAACAGAUGACACAGCAAAGAUGGUGACCACACUGGGACUGUUCAGUGUAGUGUUCCUCUUUAAUGUGAUCAUGUUUGGACUGACAAUCAAAUGGUACAUGGGUGGCGACUUAAACAAAGAGAGGCGGCAUCAUGAAGCCAAGCAGGAAAUUUGCACCCUGCUGACACUGAUGGUCCUGCUGGGACUGACUUGGGGCCUGAUCUUCUUUUCGUUCGGUCACCUCGACACUCCUGGCCUCUACAGCUUCUGCAUACUGAACUCUUUGCAAGGUUUCUCCGUUUCCAUUUACUUUGUGUUAUCUUGGAAAAAGUCCAAAGAAGCUGAACUGGAAACUGGGAAGUCGAGUUCUGAAACAAGAAGCUCUAAUAUCUAAAUUUAAAGUGCUGGGAGGAUUUACACAUCCCUGCCAUUUUACGUCUUUUAGUUGUUUUUUGUUGUUGUUGUUGUUGUUAUAAAUAUCUAUAUAUAUAUUUAAGAAAACAGGCACUAUUGAUAGCCCUAUCUUAUUUUAUUCAAUGUAAAAUUCAGUAAUGCUGUAGUUUUUUUAAGCUUACUUUGAAAGAAUUCUCCAAGCUUUUGGUUUAAAUACUCGUGGUUUUUCCAUCCUUUGGGAGUCUUUUAUAUCCCGUCAUUUUAACAAAAAAUUGUGCAGCUCUGGUCAACUUUCUCUCAGAGUUACACUUCACAUAACAUUAUGAUGUGCAUUCUAUUUAUUGUUUUUUUUUUUUUCCAAUAACCUUCAUGCGUGGAUAUUAGUGUAUCUUUUCACGUCAUUACUUUUUCCAGAGGUUCAAAGAUUCCA